AUGGAGCUCGGGGGCACCGUGGGCGUCUUCCUGGGCAUCUGCUUCUCUUGCUUGCUGCUCGUCUCUGCGUGGAAGCGGAUGCACAAAGAAGGAAAGCUGCCCCCAGGACCCCCCCCGCUGCCCUUCCUGGGAAACAUCCUGCAGGUGAAAACCAGCGCGCCCUUCAAGUCCUUCCUGGCGUUGAAAGAGAAAUACGGCCCCGUGUUCACAAUCUAUCUGGGCCCUCGGAGGGUGGUGGUUCUGUGUGGACACGACACCGUGAAGGAGGCUCUGGUGGACCAGGCUGAGGAAUUCAGCGGCCGAGGGGAAAUAGCCACCAUCGACCGGAACUUCAAUGGGUUUGGCGUCGCCUUAGCCAAUGGGGAACGCUGGAGGCAGCUCCGCCGCUUCUCCCUCACCACCUUGAGGAACUUUGGGAUGGGCAAGAGGUCCAUUGAAGAGCGGAUCCAGGAGGAGGCCCAGUACCUGGUGGAGGAAAUCAGGAGAACCAAAGGCCAGCCCUUCGACCCCACCUUCUUCCUGAGCCGCACCGUCUCCAAUGUCAUCAGCUCCGUCGUCUUUGGCAGCCGCUUUGACUACGAAGACAAGACCUUUCUCUCCCUGCUGCGAAUGAUCAACGAAAGUUUUAUAGAGAUGAGCACCCCUUUGGCACAGCUCUAUGACAUGUAUUCCUGCAUCAUGCAGUACCUGCCGGGAAGACACAACCGCAUUUACUACCUGGUGGAGGACCUGAAGGACUUCAUUGCCGGGAAGAUCGAAAGCAACCAGGCGACGCUGGAUCCCAACAAUCCUCGCGACUUCAUCGAUUGCUUCCUCGUCCAGAUGGAGAAGGAAAAAGGAAACCCUUCCACUGAAUUCAACCUGAAGAAUUUGGUCCUGACCACCCUCAACCUGUUCUUUGCUGGGACGGAAACCGUGAGCUCCACCCUGAGAUAUGGGCUCCUUUUCUUGAUGAAAUACCCAGAAGUGGAAGGUAGGCUGGCCAAACUCUGGAGCU